ACUUUUCCUACGUCAGUUUACGAAAAAAUGACGGCUGGUUUGGAUACGUGUUCUUGUGGUUUAUGAUAUUUACGAGAAGAAGUAUUAGCCUAGUACAAAAAAUAGUUUGUAGCACUAAAUAAUUAGAUACGGACUAAACAUUAAGUGAAGUAUUUAAAAGACAGUCUUUUCUCAUGUAUUAAAAAAUCUCGAACUGACGGCAACGUAGUAAUUCCACCAUGGAGGACGCUCACUCGAAAUCCGUGGAAGAAGUCUUAGGAUAUUUUGGCACAGAUCCAGACAAAGGCCUUAGUCCAGACCAAGUCAAAAGAAACCAAGAGAAAUAUGGGCCAAAUGAACUGCCUGCAGAAGAAGGCAAAAGUAUAUGGCAGUUAGUCCUGGAACAAUUUGAUGACCUCUUAGUGAAGAUUUUGCUGUUAGCCGCUAUUAUUUCUUUCGUUUUAGCUUUAUUUGAAGAACAUGAAGACGCGUUCACAGCGUUCGUAGAACCUUUCGUUAUUUUACUAAUUCUUAUUGCUAACGCCAUUGUAGGAGUAUGGCAGGAAAGAAAUGCCGAAUCCGCCAUAGAAGCUUUAAAAGAAUACGAGCCCGAAAUGGGCAAAGUUAUAAGAGGCGACAAAUCUGGCGUACAGAAAAUCAGAGCGAAAGAGAUCGUCCCCGGUGACAUCGUAGAGGUGUCCGUCGGAGACAAGAUUCCCGCCGAUAUCCGCCUAAUCAAGAUUUACUCUACCACCAUCCGUAUCGACCAGUCUAUCCUGACUGGCGAGUCUGUCUCCGUCAUCAAGCACACAGACGCUAUUCCCGACCCCCGCGCUGUCAACCAGGACAAAAAGAACAUUCUUUUCUCCGGUACCAAUGUCGCCGCCGGCAAAGCCCGCGGUGUCGUCAUCGGCACCGGACUCAACACUGCCAUUGGUAAAAUCCGUACUGAAAUGUCCGAGACUGAGGAGAUCAAGACACCCCUGCAACAAAAACUCGAUGAGUUCGGUGAGCAGCUGUCUAAGGUCAUCUCCGUUAUUUGCGUUGCCGUAUGGGCUAUCAACAUCGGCCACUUCAACGACCCUGCUCACGGCGGAAGCUGGAUCAAGGGCGCCGUGUACUACUUCAAGAUUGCCGUCGCUCUGGCCGUCGCCGCCAUCCCUGAAGGUCUGCCCGCCGUCAUCACCACCUGUCUCGCUCUGGGUACCAGGCGUAUGGCCAAGAAGAAUGCCAUUGUCAGGUCUCUGCCUUCAGUAGAAACUCUCGGUUGCACAUCUGUCAUUUGCUCAGAUAAGACUGGUACUUUGACCACUAACCAGAUGUCCGUCUCUCGCAUGUUCAUCUUUGAGAAGAUCGAGGGCAGUGACAGCAACUUCCUUGAAUUCGAAAUCACGGGCUCCACAUACGAGCCAAUCGGCGAUGUUUACCUGAAGGGACAAAAGGUUAAGGCUGGUGAAUUUGACGCUCUCCAAGAACUGGGUACCAUUUGCGUUAUGUGCAAUGACUCCGCUAUCGACUUCAACGAAUUCAAACAGGCUUUCGAGAAAGUCGGUGAAGCCACCGAGACCGCCCUUAUUGUACUCGCUGAGAAGAUGAACCCCUUCAAUGUGCCCAAGACCGGCCUCGACCGUCGUUCGUCCGCUAUUGUAGUCCGCCAGGAAAUCGAAACCAAAUGGAAGAAAGAAUUCACCCUGGAGUUCUCCCGCGACAGGAAAUCCAUGUCUACCUACUGCACACCUCUUAAGCCUUCCCGCCUCGGAACUGGACCUAAACUGUUCGUUAAGGGCGCGCCCGAAGGUGUGUUGGAGCGUUGCAGCCACGCUCGCGUCGGCACUGCCAAGGUUCCUCUGUCUUCUACCCUGAAGAACCGCAUCUUGGACCUGACCCGCCAGUACGGUACCGGCCGCGACACUCUGCGUUGCUUGGCCCUGGCUACCGCUGACAACCCGAUGAAGCCUGAUGAGAUGGACCUCGGAGACUCCACUAAAUUCUACACUUAUGAAGUCAACCUCACAUUCGUCGGCGUCGUGGGCAUGUUGGAUCCUCCCCGCAAGGAAGUGUUCGACUCCAUCGUCCGCUGCCGCGCUGCUGGCAUCCGUGUCAUUGUCAUCACUGGCGACAACAAGGCCACCGCUGAAGCUAUCUGCAGACGUAUCGGCGUGUUCACCGAGGACGAAGACACCACUGGCAAAUCGUACUCUGGCCGCGAGUUCGACGACCUCCCCGUUUCUGAACAACGCGCCGCCUGCGCCAAGGCCCGCCUGUUCUCCCGCGUGGAGCCCGCGCACAAGUCCAAGAUUGUGGAGUUCUUGCAGAGCAUGAACGAGAUCUCAGCUAUGACUGGUGACGGUGUGAAUGACGCACCCGCCCUGAAGAAGGCCGAGAUCGGUAUCGCCAUGGGAUCCGGCACCGCCGUCGCCAAGUCAGCCGCCGAGAUGGUGCUGGCCGACGACAACUUCUCAUCCAUUGUCGCUGCUGUUGAGGAAGGCCGCGCCAUCUACAACAACAUGAAGCAGUUCAUCCGCUACCUGAUCUCGUCCAACAUCGGCGAAGUGGUGUCCAUCUUCCUGACCGCCGCCCUGGGUCUCCCCGAGGCGCUGAUCCCGGUGCAGCUGCUGUGGGUGAACCUGGUGACGGACGGGCUGCCCGCCACCGCGCUGGGCUUCAACCCCCCCGACCUGGACAUCAUGAACAAGCCGCCGCGCAAGGCCGACGAGGGCCUCAUCUCUGGAUGGCUGUUCUUCAGGUACAUGGCCAUCGGUGGAUACGUGGGCGCUGCGACCGUGGGCGCCGCCUCCUGGUGGUUCAUGUACUCCCCGUACGGACCCCAGAUGACGUACUGGCAACUCACCCACCAUCUGCAAUGCCUCAACGGUGGUGAUGACUUCAAGGGCAUCGACUGCAAGAUCUUCACAGACCCCCAUCCCAUGACCAUGGCUCUCUCUGUACUUGUCACCAUCGAGAUGUUGAACGCCAUGAACAGUCUCUCUGAGAACCAGUCGCUGGUCACGAUGCCCCCGUGGUCCAACCUGUGGCUCAUCGGCUCCAUGGCUCUCUCCUUCACGCUACACUUUGUCAUCCUGUACGUCGAGGUCCUCUCGACGGUGUUCCAAGUGACGCCGCUGUCCGUGGACGAGUGGCUGACGGUGAUGAAGUUCUCCAUCCCCGUGGUGCUGCUGGACGAGGUGCUCAAGUUCGUGGCGCGCAAGAUCUCCGACGGUGAGACCAGAACUCUGCUAGACUGGCUCCACGGCAUGCAAUGGAUUGUGCUCAUGUGGGCCGUCUUCUUUGGCAUCAUCAUCUACGGACCCCUAUAAGCCGGCCCGAGACACCAUCCCACUGAUCACACCUAAUAAACCCCACCCCCCUCCACGCUGCCUACCCCGGUAUGCAGCGUGGCCUCGCUGUGGAAACCUAAGGACUAUGAGCUCUGCUCACCACAGCGCCACCUAACAGUUUGGAAUGCUAAUCCGCCGCACAGUGUGAAGUGACCCUAGUGCACGAGUCCCGACCGCGGACGGACAGUGUAUGAACAAAGUGAUCUUUGAUCAAGCGGUGCUAUCGGCUCGAUGCGUUCAGGCUCCGGAAGCCACUAGCUACAAUAAGUAGUCCUAUAUUCUACAAGUAGAUGCGAAGGGGCUAGAUCCCCGAUCGUUUUAUGCAUUUUAUAUAAUGUGCGAGACAAUAAUUGUUUUGGAGCUCGUUUACGACACCGAUCAUUUGAGGGUCGGCUACUUUAGUUACUUUCCUUGUCUUUGCUGGGUACCUAUUUUUUUUUAUUCGCUCGAAGUGAAGUGGCUGUGACGACCUUCAUUGUAAAUUCUAACACGAGACACCAAAAAGUGGUUAACUGAUUUAAUUAAAAAGGGUAUAUUGUGUAAGUUUAGUUUUCGCAUUUUGUAAUGAUUUUUUGUAUAAAUGAUGUACUAAUUAUAAGAAGCUCCGUCGCAACUAAUAACAUUGCACUCGCACAGCUCAGUACCUCGUCCGCACGGACGGCAGACAUAUUUAAAAUUAUACUAUAGUGUAUUUUAUUGUAAGUGUAUUGUUAGGGACGUGGUUAUAGUGAUUUCUCGACAUUCGAAAGGAAUCUUCUGUCUGUCCUUUCGCCUGUGGUCGCUUUCUAACAUUCCUUAAUGCAUUUCUUUUUCUUUACAACCCUGAUUAUAUGUGAACAUUUGAUGCUUUUGUUACUUACCAACCUAACAUAGAAUGUCUGAUGUGUUGAAAUAACCUCUGUUAUAGUUUGUAAUAACUCUCGAUCUACUUAAAAUUGAUGAAAUCAACUUUUUAGAUUUAUAAGAUUGGUAUACAAAUAAAGUUACAGUAUAUGAAGUCAUUUUCAGUGAAUGUAACUGAAUAUGUCCUCAAAUAUAUUAAUGCUUAAUUUGAACUAAUCUUAUAUAAAUCUUCCAGUGUCUAGAGUUUUUGCAAAUUAGUUUUGAAUACAACAAUUUAACUAUCGAAUGUAUGUACGAACAUUUAGUUGGUUCUUUACUUUUUUACAUAUGUAAUAUUAUUUUUUGAAGCCCUAUAGACUAGGGCGACAUAUAAUGUUUUAUUGAAAGGACAUAAUACUAUUUUAAGUUAGUGAAAACUUAUUAGUUGAAUCUGAUUUGUCCAAUAAGGUACAUGGUCCGUACGUACAUAAGUUUAUUAUAAUAUAUACUAGAAUAAAACUCGCAUGGAUUGUAUGCAUGCUUACGAUUUUGAGAGUGCAGUUUGGUGUGGUUUGACAUAUAUACUUUUUUGAUAAUAUAUUGUAUAAUGAUUCAAUAAGAUUAAGUAUAUGAUAGGAGAACCAGGCGACACUCUACACUGCACCAGGGCAUGCUCAAACCUGUCUAGAUUGUCCCGACUUCCUGUUUGUUACAGUUAUAACUUAUUUCAAAUGUACAGUCGUUUAUACAUAUUUUACAUUAAUUAAAUUGUCGAGAAUACAA